GCCAAAGGUUGAUUUGCAGUGAGGGAAGGGAGGAAACAGACAAGAGGUGACACGCAUGGAAGCCGUCACGAGACUGCGCCCUCCCGCGCCCUCGUCAUGUUCCCUGCCCCCUGUAUGCCAUCGUCGUUUCGGCUUCAUGGCCACCAAGCGUGCGAAGCGGCAGCAGAGCGGCCUGGACCUCCCCAAUCAUCCCAACGUCAUGACGCCAGAGCAGCUCUCCAAUGCUAUUCGUGUGGCCUCUCAGCGGCAAGUCACCGACCCGCAUCUAUGGGAGGAUCUGACGCACCGGGCCCUCUUUCUCUGCAGCACCCUCGAGCCGCGGCAUCUCGCAUUCAUCGCCAAUGGCUAUGCCCGGCGAGGCCCAUCGAUUCCCUCUGACCUGUUCGAACGCAUGGCUGGCCGGGCAGUGGAGGUCAUCGAUCAGUGCAAGCCGCGUGACAUCGCCCUGCUUCUGAACGGCUUUGCCAGGCUGCAACUGUGCCACCUGGGGCUCUUGAAGGCGGCGAGUGAGUCCGUGCGGACCAGGGGCGACUUAUCGCAGUGGUCGGAGCAGCACCUGGCGCUGGUUGUCAACGCGUAUGCUCGGUGUCAGUGCCGUGAUCUUGCUCUGAUGUCCUUCCUGGGUCGGCAUAUUGCCACUAGAGCGAGUGAGCUGUCCCCCCAGGGCGUGGCCAACGUGGCCAAUGGGUACUGUCGGCUUGACCUGAGGGACACGGCUCUCUUUCGCUCCCUUGCCAGCCGGGUGGUUGCCAUCGCACAACGCAUGAUCAGCCAGCUGCCGUCGACAGCCACUCAGCGCGACCCCUCGGCCGACUCGGCAUCGGUGUUCUCCGCGCAGCACAUUGCCAAUGUGCUUCAUGCCUUUGCCCAGCUGGACCUCAACGAUCCCCUGGUGUUUGACUCACUGUCCCGACUGGUUCCCCACCUGAUCGCCACGAAGCAGCUCUCGCGGCCCCUCGAGCUGGCGGCCACUGCUCACGCCCUGGGGCGGGCAAACGUGACGGACCGGCCAUCUGCGGCUGCCCUUUCCAGGGCCGUGGAGGCCCACGCGAGCCGUUUCACCCUGGCGCAGCUGGCCGCGGCGCUGCAUGGCCUGACACGCGUGAUGGGCGCGUCCCCGACAGACGUGCGCAAGUGCUGCGACGCCUGCGUGCCGGUCGUCAUGCAGAAGCUGCGCGAUAGGGAAAAGGGGAGGGAGGAGGGGGGCGAGGACGGCAUGUGGGGCAUGGGGGGCUACCCACAGUCGGUGUUCCUCUUGCUGUGUGCGUACACGCGUCUCGAGCAAGGCGAUGCCGGGCUGCUAUCUGUCCUCUCGGGGACGCUGGAGCGAAUGUUGGAGGACCCCAGUGUGCCCGACCAGCUGGGCGGAGCGGGGUUGGUCGGAUCACUCCAUGCUCUUGGUACACACGAAGCACUCGGCAAUGUGUCGUCAGUGCGUUUCUGUGUGCUGUUCAGGUCGCGGCGGCACCCGGGAUUCCGUCACUGACCGGCUGAUGGACAUCAUUGUGUCGCGGGAUCCCUCGCGGCUGACAGCCCAGCAAGUGUCCAACCUCUUUCUCACUCUGAGCAAGCUGCGAGCCGUCGACCGCACCGACCUGCUCGACCAGCUGUGCGUCACCCUCAUCAGCAGGGGAGCUCCUGGUGGUGUUGGUGGUGAUGAUGGUGCCUCACCGUCGCCGCCCUUCGAGCCUCUUCACCUGGCCAACAUCCUCUUGGCCAUCACCCAGCUGGCCGGCCCCAAGUGGACGCCCCCCUCAUCUGUCUUGACCCGACUGACCGACCAGGCGACCGCGGUGCUGUCACAUUUCACGCCUCAGCUGCUCGGAACCGUCAGUUAUGCGCUUGGUGAGCUCGAGUGUGUGGAGGCUACAUCGUGGUUCGCCGCCAUUGCUGAGAGGGCCAACAUCCUGCUGGAGGGGCAAGGCGGCGACAAGAGAGGCGGCAAGAGGGGCGGAGGAGUGCCGAUGCCGUCGGUGCGGGUGCUUGCGGCCAUGAGCUCUCUUAGGAUGGCGCACGAGGAGACGUACAUCACUUUAGUGCACAACGUGGUGCCGCACCAGCUGCCCGGCCUGACCCUGCCGAUACUCUGGCAGCUUACGGCGGCCAUCAGCCACGCGAUCAUUCAUCACGGCUCCUUCAAGCCUCUUGCUGACGGCGCUGGGAAGGUGGUGUUGUCGCCUGCUCUGAAGGCAUGCUUCGGCACCGCACUGAAGAGCAUCGGCCGCGACCUUCUGGAGCGAAGCCGUGAGCUGAGCCUGGAGAGCUUCUGGGCUUUUGCGGAGCUGUUUCAUCGCGUCGGUGUGGUCCCGCUGACGCCGCCUUUCGACAUAGUCGCGCUGCAUCCAGAGAUCCCGGCUGCUCUCAAGACACUGGUGGACUCACACGGGCACCCCAAGCCAACGAGCGACCCUUCGAAGCUCUGGGCGGGCGACCUAUACCAGCACCUGACGGAGAUCGCUAUCAAGUCUGCUUCGACCGAGACACACGGCCUGGUCGUGGCCAGUGGCGAGAGCGGCCCGGUGACGGAGCCGAUGGCGUCUGACAUGCUCACAAGCAUCCUUAAAGUCCACCUUUCCGAUGAUGCGGCGAUUCGUGUGGUGUCGUUCUUCAUGCGCUACGCCGAGCUCUAUCAGUCCGCGCGGCUGGGGUCCAAGGGGCCGGUGGGGGGCAUCCUGGACGAGAUCACUGACGCCCUCGUGCCCCGGCUAGAGGUGUGUCACGUCAACGACCUGUGUGGCGUCAUGAAGGCGGCCAGUGAGGGCGACACGCAGGACGCGCGGCUCAUCGUCAAGACGGCGCGGACCAUCCGAGACCGGCUGGGUGCAGAGGGAGAGGGAGCGUCAGAAGUGAGUGCGGGGUCGCUGGCCGACCUGCUGGAGAGCCUCGACAAGGUGCGGCCAGUCAUGGCCUACAUCCGACGGAGAGGCAGAGAGGGCGCCGGGGGGAGGGGGGAGGGGUCGUUGCUGGAGGGCCUGGUGGCGGCCGUGGUGGCGUGUGUCGAUGUCCAGCUGUCGAGAAUCGUCGCGGAUCUGCCGAUAUUGUGCCGCUUGCUGCCCCCUCUCAUGGCCCUCGGCUCGCUGUCCGAGCACGUGUUGAUUGCGGCGGCGGAGAGCGUCUCAGCGAGAUUGAUGGCAAAGGAGCAACCUCCGGCGGAGCUCUCCCGUGCGGCCUUGACUGUCGGCCAGUGCGUUGUGAAGCACCCCUCCUUCGCAGAGGCGCAGCAAUCGGCUACCGAGCAACCCUUCUUUCGCCACCUGUCCACAACUGCUAUGCACGUGUGCUCUUCUAGAUGCAUUGAUGAGGCGGACGUCUCCACGUGCGUGGAGGCAGUGCUGCUCUUCGCCCCCCUGUCUGACGAGUCAGUGCACUUGCGGUCAGCGGUAUUGCGGCGGGGACUGAAGCGACUUGGUGACGAGGCGACGUCUGACAUACGGCUGGGAGACCUCGCGGCAUGUUUGGGGGCUGUGGCGCCCACCCUGUCUCAACUGACCUCUCCCGACCCCGCACAAGCCGAGCAUGAGCAUGAGUAUGAGCGUGUCGAUGUGAUCCCCUCUGUGUUGGCGAUUCUCACCCGUCUGGGGCAGCAGCAUCGACUCCUGAAGGCCAGCGAUGCAUGCACGGCGGCCUACUGCUGUGUGGCGCUGCUCGACGUGUUGCCGCCCGCUCCCGAGCCCUUCACAGCGAGUGGCAGUGAGCAGCAAGUGGCGCACGAGCAAGGGAGGGACGUGUCGCGAGUGGAGGGACUGUUGCGGCAGAUGCUGGCGGCCGCCACGUGGAAGAAGGGCGACAUGUCGGGCGAUGAGAAGGACCUGCUGGUGUUUGUGGCGAGCACUGUGCGGGCUGAGUAUGGCCAUUUGUAUGACCGGCUGCCGCCCGCCGUGCGUCAGGCGCUGGCUGGUGUCGGCAAGGAGGGGAGAGGGGUCAUUCGAGCAUGA